GUUACUGCAGUUGAAGUUCACUGUAGUGAGGACUGUAUUGAGUGUAUGGCCUGCAUCGAAUCAAAAAUAUGGCGGGAGAAGCUCUGAUCUGGUAAGCUAAGGAAAUAAAGGGGAUCCCAACGAGAUGUGAUGAAUAUAAAAUUGCAACAGACUGAUUUUCAAUAGACUUCAAUUUCGAUUUGCAAGUCGCCAUGUAACUUCUGUAGUUCGACGUUGUUCGCUUAAUCGUGCUGAAGUUUGUACUUCUUAAUUUGUUGGAGAGUUGUGAAUUAAGACGAAGAUUGCGAUAAGCUAAUAAAAAGGUUGUGCAAGGUGUAACCUUGCCUUUUUCCAUGUCAUCGAUCGUGCUUCUAGUUGGCCAAUGUGGCAAUCAAGUCGGUCACGAACUUAUGCGUUUGAUUGACAAGAGUGAUGUUCACCCUCUGAGCCACAGGGAUGGCAAGCUUAGGUGUGUCUGUGUGGACAGCGAGUCCAAAGUCAUCGGACACAACUAUCGUGAAGAUACAAGAUCCAGUAAGCUGUACAGGGAAGGAAACAUGAUCAGUGGACAGAGAGGACGAGGAAAUAAUUGGGCAUUAGGUUAUCAUGGUCUCAGUGGAGAAACUGAAGAUACUUCAUUGUUGCACAGGGCUAUGGAAAUUGUGAGGAAAGAAGUAGAAAGAUGCGAUAAUUAUGCUGGCACUAUUGUGUUUCAUAGUCUCACUGGUGGCACUGGUUCUGGUCUGGGAUCUCGCUUGAUUGAAACUUUAAGGGAUGCAUACCCUCUGGCUCAUGUCAUGUCUGUUGCUGUAUCUCCCCACUCAUCAGGUGACAGUCCUCUUCAACAUUACAACUCUCUUCUCAGUUUGUCAUCAUUACAAUACCAUGCUGAUGCAGUUCUGUUGUUUAGCAAUGAUGACAUUCUUCAUCACAUAGCAACACACACUGGACUCUCAACAAGACAAAACCCAUCAGGCUCCAUCUCUCUCAAAGACAUGAAUUACUACAUAUCUUUGAGCCUUGCUGGAGUGCUCCAACCUUUGGGAAGCAAACCCAAGCUUAUAAAAGGAAAUGGAAAUGAGCCAUGGGAGAUGUUUCGAUCACUUUGUUCUGAGCCAUCAAAGAAGUUUGCCACAUUGCAUCACAUGGCCAAAUCAAAAGUUUCUUGGGAGAGCCUCACGCAGUCACUUAUUCGCUCAAUUCGUAGAUAUGAUCGAAACGGCAUGCAGUUUUCAACCUUGGGUUCAUUGCUAGUGGCUCGUGGGGACCAUGAUGGUUCCUUUGCAGAGAUUUGGCCAAAGAUAGAAGAUAAACUGAGAACCUCGCUGAGAUUUGUGGAUUGGAAUCCAUUUCCUAUUGAUUUCUGGAUUAGCCAGUACAACCCUGUAGGUCCAAAAGACUCCCAAUCACUUACUCUUUGUUUAAACUCAACUAAGAUUCUGGAGACCUUGGAGGAUGUUAUGAGGAAGGCAAGGGCGAUGUAUGAUGCAGGUGCUUAUCUUCACUGGUUCAGCAAACACGGCUGCUCUAAGAAUGAUUUUCUGGAUGCAUUUGAAACACUGGAGUCUGUUGUUGAGGAAUACAAUCUUGGUGUAAAGUGACGUGAACACGAAUCUAAAAUGUGGAGAAAGCCAUGAUCAAAUUACUUGUGAACUACUGAGAAGAACUUGAUGGAACAUUACACAUGCCUUGACAAGUAUUAAGGAAGUUUUUUUAAUUGACUUUUCCAGUGCAGAAUAUACCGAAAAUGUGUAUAACUACAGGUAAACAGAAUUUUUUUUAUGUAUCUUUACGUAUAAAUCAGUGAUGCAAUGUUACAUGAAAGUAGUGCUGGAGCUCUCACUUGAAUGGCAACAAAAUCGGCUCGCGUCCGAGUGUUUCAAAGUGCCAUAUAACAGCCAUGUAAAGUACUUUACGUUUUACUCCCAUCUCAAGCGGCUGUCGAUGGCGUGUACAAAAGGUGGCCGUUAAGUGAAACCCAAACACGAGAAACUGCUCGCAGGCCAAACAGGCGGUUGAAAAGCAUGGCUUUCACAGGAACGCAAAGAUAACAGCUCCUAUUUCAUCGUGAAAACGGCCAAGGACAAACACAAGGAUCAUAAGUUUUUCCUUUGUCUUGCCCUUGUGCUUGUCCUUGCGUCGAGGCCGUUUUCAGGUUGAAAUAGGAGAUGUUAUGCUUGCGUUUGUGCUUGUGUUUAUACUUGCGUCGCCAGUGAAAUAAUAUGGCGGCAGGAGACUCCCGUUAAACGGCUUUUAUUGAAUCCCCUGCUUUAGGUUUCAUCCACCGAUAGUAAUUAUGACUCACAAGGUUUGAAGUGAAUCCUCACAAAAGGGGUUAUAUCUUCAGAUGUAGUCUUAGGACCACCUAUAAGAGCAAAGUGACAUUAUUUCAGGCAAAAAUUAUUCAGUUACUUUGUGAUUCACUGCAAACUUUAAGGGUAGUAUUAGAUAAUCAAACAAAAUUGGAUUUUCCUUUGAAGACUCUUUGAUUGCAAUUUGGACGAGCCUAGAAAUUGGAUUUUCCUUUGAAGACUCUUGAUUGCAAUUUGGACGAGCCUAGAAAAGACCACGAGUAUAUUCUUCGGCAGUUAGAUGAAAUCAUCAACACACAAAGUGAAAUUUUUAACUGUUUUCAGCUAUUAACGUUAUAUUUUGCGUAUCACCCUUGACUCUUCAGCAGUAUAUGAAAUUAUAUUUGUAUUUUACUCUGUGAUGGAUUAUAUUCAGCGAUUCUUUUCACACUAAAGAAUAAAAAUCAUGAAUGUGA